AGUUCUACAACAUUUUUCGAUCUGGCAGCUCUAUAUUAUGUCACUCUAAAUACUAGAUCAAUUGACCAUUUGUUAUUUUGCUGAUUAUAUCAUACAGUCAUACUGUUUUACUUAUAUAUAAGAAAUAAAAAUGCGAUGGAGUGAAGCAGCCACACUUGAAUUUGUGAAAAUGUAUUUAAAACACGAAUGCCUAUGGAACCCCAAUCAUCCAGGGUAUAAAUUAAAACAUCAGAGAGAUAAAGCCUACGCCGAUGUUUGUAUAGAAUUCAAAGAUUCAACUAUGAUAUCCCUGACUGUACCUGAAGUAAGGAUGAAGAUUAAGAAUUUGAGAACGACAUACGUGCAACAAGUGCACAAAAUAUUGCAAAAAUCUAGUCCGGAUUCAAUUUACGAACCUUCACUAAUAUGGUUCCAAGAAAUGGAUCGAUGCCUUAAACAUAUUCCAACCAAUCGACAUUUCGGUUCUUUAACAGCACAAGAUGCACCAGACAUUGAUGCAUCCUGUCAAAUAUGGGUAGGACAAGAAUUACAAAAUAACAACAAUGAAGAAAAUCCUGACCCACUAAUUUCAAAUUCGGAAGACGACUAUGAAUCGCCAAAAACUGAAGACUCGUUGAGCCCAAUUAAAAAAGAAAAACAAACACCUCUUUUAAAUAAAAAAAAUAAAAAGAAAAAAUUAAGGCACAGAAGUCAUAUUGACUAUACCAAUGAUUCCAAUUAUGAGUCUACGAAAGAGGAUGAAUUUGAUAUCUAUGGUAAAUAUAUAGCAGCGCAAUUGAGGAAAAUGGAUUUACAGAAAGCUAUUAGACUACAAUUGGAAAUACAAAGUCUAGUGAGCGAAGCUAGGAUAUCAGAUAUAACAAGUGAUUAGAUGUCUUUAGGAUUUGCCAUUUUAAAUUCUUAUAAAAAUUAAUACUUAAACAAUUUAAUUACUAAUAAAUUUCACAGUUACCUUACGUAUUGUAUAUUUUUAUAUGGCCCGAAAAAUAAUGUAUUUCUGAGGCAUAUGAGAUGUCCUAUCUUACUACAUCUGAUAUUGUACUAGUAUCCUAAAUUUUGUAAGGGCCGAAAAUGAUUUCUCAUCAUCUUACACCAAUGUACCUUUUUAAUUAAUUUGUUAUAUGUUUAUUUUGUCGUGUUAUAAGACCAUUAAAUGGUUAACAAGUAGUAGAAAUAUUGCAAUAAUUUAUUAUUUACUUUUGUGUUUAAAAUAUAUAAUUAUGGAGACUUUUAAUUAACUGAACUACUUACUGUAAUGAAAUUAUACUAUUCAUCAUU